UGCCGGAACUUUGCCUGUCACCUUCCGUUGCCUGGAAGAAAAUCUGGGAAUUGAUAAGCGUGUGACCAGAUUUGUCCUCCCAGUUGGAGCAACCAUUAACAUGGAUGGUACAGCCCUUUAUGAAGCGGUGGCCGCCAUUUUUAUAGCCCAAAUGAAUGGCGUGGUACUGGAUGGGGGUCAGAUUGUGACCGUAAGCCUUACAGCCACACUGGCGAGUGUCGGCGCAGCCAGUAUCCCCAGUGCUGGGCUGGUCACCAUGCUCCUCAUUCUGACAGCUGUGGGCCUGCCAACGGAGGACAUCAGCCUACUGGUGGCCGUGGACUGGCUGCUGGACAGGAUGAGAACAUCGGUCAAUGUUGUGGGUGACUCUUUUGGGGCUGGGAUUGUCUAUCACCUCUCCAAGUCUGAGCUGGAUACCAUUGACUCCCAACAUCGAGUGCAUGAAGACAUUGAGAUGACGAAGACUCAAUCCGUUUAUGAUGACAUGAAGAACCAUAGGGAAAGCAACUCUAAUCAAUGUGUCUAUUCUGCACACAACUCUGUCAUAGUAGAUGAGUGCAAGGUAACUCUGGCAGCCAAUGGAAAGUCAGCUGACUGCAGUGUUGAGGAAGAGCCUUGGAAACGUGAAAAAUAAGGAAAUGACUCUCAGCAAAUUCAUGAAUAAACUCCCCAGCAUAUCUUAUGGUAAAAGAUGCUAUAAACAAGCUUUCUUU